AGGAGGAAUGCUGGAUUGGGCCAUACGAGCGGCUCCCUUCAGACGAUAUUGCAUGGGCACCGGCAUGUGGCCAGGGGAGUGGCACCUUUGCCGCGUGCGAGGAUUCUUCUGGCACCCUAUUUUCCUUUCCUUCUUUGCAGGUUCCGUCGUCCUUCCAUCAAUUUUGACAUUCCCUUUCUUCUUCUGCCGUUUGUUGUUGGACACGGGUGAUUGAGUGGUGCUUUCCAUCCAGUGUGCUCGCAUCCUAAACACCAUGGCGGAAUCUCCUGCCAAGAGCCAUGAUAUCGAGCUCGCUGAGGUGGGAUCUCGCUCCACCGACAGACGCGACGACCUCGCGCUUGCGCGGCUGGGAAAGAAGGCCGUGUUGAAGCGCCGCUUCGGAUUCCUCUCUAUCCUGGGUUUCAGCUGCACCGUCUUGAUUACCUGGGAAGGCUCCUUGGUUUUGUUCUUGCAAGGCUUCCAGAAUGGAGGUCCCGCUGGUGUCAUCUAUGGGUACAUUCUCGUCUGGGUUGGAACUGUCUCGGUCUUCAUUGUACUUUCGGAACUGGUUUCUCUCGCACCAACCUCGGGCGGUCAAUACCACUGGGUCUCUAUGCUCGCUCCUCGAAACGUCCAGAAACUCCUCAGCUACAUAUCGGGCUGGCUGACCCUUUGCGGCUGGCUCGCUUCCCUCGCCUCGGGCGCCUUUCUCACAGGCGGCCUCAUCCAAGGUCUCCUCAUCCUCUGCCAACCCGACACGUACGUACCGCAGAACUGGCACGUAACCCUUCUGUACUGGGCCGUAGUCCUCUUCUGCUUCAUCAUCAACGUGGCCGCGGGAUGGCUCCUGCCCAAGUUCGAAGGGGCGCUGCUCGUGCUGCACAUUCUGGGAUUCUUCGCGAUUCUGAUUCCGCUGCUGGUUCUCGGCCCCAAGGGAGAUACGCACGCCACCUUUACGACCUUUUUGAACCUCGGGGGAUGGAGCACCCAGGGUCUCUCGUUUUGCGUGGGCAUCAUGGGCAGUGUCUUCUCCUUUGUUGGAGGUGAUGGUCCUAUCCAUCUCGCCGAGGAGAUUCACAACGCCGCAGUCGUCGUCCCCCGCUCCAUCAUGACUGGCAUCGCCAUCAACGGCACCCUCGGCUUCGCCAUGGUGCUCACCGUCCUCUUCCGUCUCGGCGACAUGGACGCCGUGCUCACCGAGAAUCCAGCCUUCCCCUUCAUGGCCAUCUUCCACCAGGCGGUCCAGUCGCGCGCCGGUGCCGCCGUCAUGGCAUCGCUCGUCAUGGUGCUGACUGUGAGCGCGGAUGUCGGGUUCUCGGCGAGUUGCUCGAGGAUCUGCUGGGCGUUUGCUAGAGAUAGAGGAUUGCCGGGAUGGAGUGUUCUCAGCAAAGUCUCCGAUCGCACCUCAAUUCCCUUCUAUGCCGUGACGGUCACCUGCGUCAUUGCCUGCAUCCUCGGCCUCAUCAACAUCGGCAGCAUCGCCGCCUUCAACGGUGUCAUCUCCGUCUCCAUCGCCGGCCUCUUCUCCUCGUACCUGCUGACUUCGAGCCUCCUCCUCUGGCGCCGCUGCACCGGGGCCAUCCUCCCUCCCUCGACCACCGACGCCUACGAAGCACCUUCCACCACCGAUGACGGCAUGGUGCGCGCCACUUGGGGUCCGUGGCGCGUUCCUGGUGUGCUUGGGAUUGCCAACAACGCUUUCGCUUGCGCCUACCUUACCUUCGUCUUCUUCUUCAGCUUCUGGCCGAGUUAUGCCCAGGUGACGCCCGCCACCAUGAAUUGGUCGAUUCUGGUGACGGGCACCAUUGCCAUCGUGAGCGGCGUGUACUAUGCGUUUUGGGGCAAGCAUACGUAUCAUGGGCCGGUGGUGGAGGUUAGCCCGCAGUAUAUCUUGGAGCAGGAGCAGCAGACGCAAGGGAGUGUGGGGAGUAAGUUGUAGAUAAAGUAGGCGCCAUUGAUGUCGUUUGGAAAGUUGAGCGACGCGAGAAUUAUUUGAUGUUGAUGUUAUCUAUGUUUGAUUUCCAAUCUGCAGAUAGAAAAUAGUGUACCGGAGAUCAAGCAAUCAUAACAAGGACGCGUUUUGUUCCUCAAAACAUGAUAGAGAGUUAGUACUUACAGAUCCUUAAUAUACACUGCCAGGUAAAUGCCAAACUACAUCGCUCCUUCAUG